UAUAAACGUAAAUAAGGCUAUGAUCGCUGAUACCAAUAUGAGAGACUCCGGAACAGACUACCCUGUCAGUAUAGUUUGUAUAAAUUAAAUCAAUUAAUGUUGAAGAGGAUUCCGUUAUGCGAGUAGGUUCAGUUAUAAGCUGUUGAAGCCCAAAUAAAUCAGAAAUUUCACAUAAGCGUCGAGUAUUUAAAUCAUAUUGUGCAGAGGCCAGGUUACAGUUUAAAUCACCUAGCAGAUAAUAUUCUAGGCCGAGGGAAUCUAAUUUCUCAAGAAAUGAUUCGUAAGGUAAAAAUAAAUCAAUUGAGGAGCAAGGAGGUCUGUACCAAGUGGCUAUCAGAAAUGGCCUGGAGUUUGGUUUCCGAAUCUCUAUACAUAAAUUUUCAAGACUGGGUGCAUUCAAAUCAGAGCGAACUCCAAAAUUAAUCGAGGUUUUUAUAUAAAAACCUACUCCUCCUCCUUGUCUGUUUCUAUCACGACGAAUAAAUUCAUAGCCUGGUAUUUGGACCUCACAACUAUUGAUAGAGUCAUCAAGUUUAGUUUCAUUAAUUGAGAGAAUAUCAAUGGAGCGAUCGGCAAGGAGAAUUCUUAGUUCAUCAAUAUGCUUUGUAAGACUAUUAAUGUUUAAACCUGCAAUUUUAAAACCACGACCAGAAGGAAGAAAAUCAGAGAGAAUUGUACUUUCAAAUGAAUCAACGUUUUGAUUAGGAAUACCUGAUGAUACGUCACUCGGUUGAGAAGCUAGCGUGGGCGUCUCCUGUUGCGAGCUGGAGAGGGAAGGUUUCCCAGUUCCAUCAGAAGCUUUACCAGUUGUUGGAUAGCUGAGGACUGAAAACCCUUAAGAGACUGAUUAUACUUGCCAGAACCAGAUCUUAAAAACUUAAUAAAUUGCACGGCCAGCAAUGACGAACCUUUGGCAUUCAGAUGAAGUCUACUACCAUUUAAUGCUGAGGCGUCAAUAACCGAAUUAUCAAUAUAAGUAAAGUUAUUAUCUACUGCUGUGAGCUUGACCCUCUCAUUAACUUCAAUGCGUUUAGCAUCGACGUUGAUAUCUUCUCUGUAGACUAUACCCGAGAGACCAAUGCUUGAGUUAGGAAACUUGCUCUUCACCUUCAAUACAAGGCUCUUGAUAUCGGCGACACAUGAAUCGGCAGACUCCGACGGAAGAUUGUUGGUGCCAGUAUGGAUGAUGACGUGAGAAGGAUCCGCGGAUGCAACAGCGAUGUUGUCAACAGCUUCAGCUAUUUCAGCAGUGGUUUUCCCGGGAUAUGAGAAUUUAUGUACAUGUCUUUGCGAAAGCUUUUUUGGAUCAAUGUGUUUUAUCAUUGAGUCACCAAUAAGCACUAUGGGUCUUGUCUUUCCGACUUCACCGCUUUUGGAGUUAUUUGCACUAACUCGAGAGGUAUUUGCGUGCGCUCCAGACUGAUGCAGUGGCAUCUCAGAGGAUACUUGACUCGAAGGAGAAGAGACAAGUAAGGCCUGAUAGCGGUUAUGACUAGUUGGAAUUGAAUCAAAUGCCCGGCUCGCUUCAGAUGAAUCAACAUGUGAAUGUUGCUGUUGCUGUUGUUGGCGACUUUCUUCGUUAUUUGCAGUAUAGUUGUCCUCAUUUCUCACUUGGAAUUGUACCUCACUUCUAAGGGGCUCAAAUCUGUUCUGAGUUACUAUAUUGCAGGCCGCCAACGGCCGUUGGAUAUGUUUAUCAUUCACACUUUUCCCAAGUGUGCCCACUUGGGACCAACAAUCACAUAUCUUUUGUUGGCGGCAUUCGCCCUCGCUUCUUUCUUGCAUAAUGAUCUUCAUUGCCAGCUUAAGAGAAUCAUUUUCUUGUUGCAAGGACAAAACUUGGCUCUCAUAGGAAAAACACUUUUCCUCCAACACCUCAAUUUCAUUAUCUUUUUUAGAUAAUGUCGAUAACACCUUCUCAUACCUCUCUUUGUAAUCGAGGAGCUCGGCGCUAAAAGCGGUUUCUUGUAAUUUGCAUUUCGUCGACAGAAGGCUUGUAUUUGCUUCAACCUUUUUCUGAAGAAUUAGUAAAUCCAGUUUUAAGCCCUCAAUAUCAGCACUGAUAACCGAGUUCGAUCGCUCUUGAAUACUGUUCUCAAGUUCGGCGUCGGCGGCCGAAGCUAGUCGAUUACUGCAGAUGCCAUUGGCUUCUUGCGAAGGCGGAAUUUCUUGCUCGGUUGUUGAAGCAUACGAGACAGGCGUAUCAGCUUCUGUUCCCUGUUUAUUUUGAAUAAACUUGACCAACUUGUCCUUUAAGGAGGGACCAUCUCGACCUUGGAAACAAAGGGUUAGCUGUUUCUUAUUAUACCAGUUGAUGACAAGAUUAUUGUUAGAACUUUUGAAUUGCUUUACGUUUCCUCCGGGCGACGACCACUUUCCUUGUAGUUUCAAGCCAUUUUCCACAAAAUUCUUUAACGAUUCAAGGUUAUUCGUCCACGUUAAUCGUUCCCCGUUUAGCUUAAGGGAUUGUAAUUCGCACCAUUUAAGGUUAAGCUGGUAAGACUCGGUAUCUUUCGUCAAAACGGGACCAGAAGGUUCACGUCCGUCCGCCAUGGUUCACGUCGACACUUACCGAUCCUUUAUAUCAGGAGAGACAAAAUUGCUUAUCAGCACCAGUGUUCUGGAGGAAGGCCUUGAUGUGCCUGUAUGUAACCUGGUCAUCCGAUUUGAAGGGGCGGCUACAUUGCGUGCACUUGUUCAAACAAGAGGGCGUGCUUCUCGUCGCCCUGGCAGCAAGUUUGUAGUGAUUUGUCAUGGAAAGCAAAAACAAGAAGCUGAAGAUGUAGUUCUGAAAGAAAGGAACAUGGAGGAAGCGAUAAGACAUCUGAUGGAGAACAAGACGCAAAAACUGCAGUCAGAAGACUUUGGAUGUGAAGUGAAACGUCUCGUUUCUUUCUUCCCCACAAGUAAAGAGACCAUUGAAAUUGCAAAUAAGGAGUAUAAUCCGCAAGUAAGUAUUUCAGUACACCAUCUUGAAACUCAAGAGCAUCGACAACACGUUGUAGAAUUUUUGAAACGAAAGUUUGAGGUUAUGCCAAUGGAAACAAUUCCGCAUUCCUCGUCGAGCAAUGAAGGAAGCAGAAAGCAAGAUUUAAGCUUUGACCUGAAGCCUAACGAAGACGGAAUUUGUAAAGAAUUCAGAUCCAAGGAAGGUUUCAUAUUUCACGUGACAGAGGAGUGGUGUUCGUACCUGACGAAACCUGAAGAGGAGCCACUUCCAGUUUGGCUCAAGGCAUCGUUCACCAAGAAACGACACAAGACAGACGACACUUUUCAUUCGUUUUGGGCAAAUUCUAUGUUUAUCGGGACGUUUCUCACUCGGUGCCAUUUUCGAUAUCAGUGGCCCUCGGAACCCACCCUGCAGAAUGCUCUGAUUUACUUUGAUCACAGCCUCAAGUUAUUGACGAUAAGAUUUAAGACGUAUAAGCUGGAACUCCGGUAUGAAGAACUUGAAGAUUUUCUAAUCGUCAACUGUGACGUGGCCUCUGGUGUAAUCAAAUUGUUUGUCACCAUAAAGCACCCACCUCGAUUGUUUCAAUCUGUUUAUCAAACCUCUCUGGAAGUUGGUGAUUACAACGAGCAGGACCCGCUUGAAAAUGACGAUGACGACUUUCUGCAAGUUGAUGUUGAUGAUACACGGGGUGAAUUGUCGGAUGAUGAGAGUGAAUCGGAAUCCGACAGCUUCUCGACUGAUGAAGAGUACCCAGAUCCAAUCAGCGAGCGUCCCUUACGUCACGAACACUGUUUUGACAAGAUUGUUUGGGAGAGAGUGCCUGAUAUCUGGAACAGCGGAAAAGCUUGGGCCCAUUGCUAUACGUACUGUUUUGUACUUCCCCGCAAGGAGUCUUCCCGGAUCAGUCACUUGUUGUCCAGAAUCCAGAAUCGAUGCAAUAAAAAUACAUUUUAUUGUCGCGUGAAGGAGAGCUUUGGCAAGCUUCCAGUUACAAAUAUCCCCCAUAAUUUGCCAUUUGAUGUAAAGUAUGCGACACAGGCUGUUCUUUCGCGGCAUCCAGUAAUGCGUAGAAAGAUGUCUUUGACUUUCAGUGAACUUUUGCUAAACAAGUCUUCCAGUGUAGUGUGCCCAGCACUUGAGCAGUUGAAGAAAGCUCUGGAACAAGAUUCGUUCUGUGAUCCCGAAAAGGCCUUCAAAGCAUUUCUAAGCCAAAACAACCCUUCAGCUUACGGGUUUCUAAACAGGCUCAUCCCAGGCCAUUGUGCUCUGAUAAAACGUGCAGUCAUCACCCCAACACGACUACUUCUGUACCCACCGGAAGUCAUGAUGAAAAAUCGCGUACUUAGAGAGUACGACAUGGAGAGUUUCCUGUGUGUCACCGUACGUGAUGAGGACCUUUCCAAACUCUCUGCAGGACGAGGAAGUCUGGAUCCAGUGCUCGACAGCAUUAACCGUGUCCUGGAUGAAGGACUGGACAUAGCUGGUCAACGGUUCCAAUUUUUAAGCUCAUCAAACAGUCAGCUCCGUAACCAUAGCUGCUGGUUUGUCGGGCCAAAGUAUGAACCAGACAUUAUACGGAGAUGGAUGGGAGACUUCAGUCAUAUCAAGUAA